AAUGCCUUUAAAAAAACUCCAGAUCAUGAAUGGAGCGACGUGAAUGGUUUGAGCUACUUUGAUAUUGCCUGCACGCGAAAUGACGUCAGAAUGGUGAAACGCGUCUUGGAUGGGGGCGCCAAUUGCAGUAUCGUUGCAAAGCGAUGGCCCAGUUGUUGAUCAAAAGAGGAGCCAACGUUGAUUUCGUCGGACCUAAUGGGACAGCGCUGCAUUUGGCAUUCGUAAACGGCGACAUGAAGAUGGUGGACUUGCUGUUGAGUAAUAGGGCUACCGUUAACGUGACUAGGCCUUGCGAUAAAAAAACCAUGCUUCAUUUGUUCAUUGAUGAGUUGCUGCACAGGAGUGAUGGCCACUGGAGUUUUCCGCUGUUAGAUAUUCCAGAUAUUAUUUAUAAGAAUAUGGAAUACCAGGAUGUGUACUUGAGAAAGCUGGUGGAGCUGGGUUGCGAGGUCAAUGCGAAGGACGAGGAAGGUAACACAGCUCUGCAUAUUGCCUGCACCAAGCUACGGGACGGCGAAGGAUGCGCCAGGAUCGUUCUCGAGCUCGGCGCUAACAUCAACAUUGAGAACGACGAGGGAGAAACCCCUUUCCACCGGAGUUUGUACUACGACGGAUACAGGAUAAAUGCAGACGACUUUAUGAUGCUGUACCAUCACGUGCAGAAGCUCAAGGCUCUGGGCUUGGAGGUCAAUCCAAACAACGAGAAAUGUUGCGCUCAAUUAUUGAGCGAAAAAGAAGAAUGUGAUCCAGAAGCUGAAUGUUUUACGGAGGAAAGUUUGGCCAAGAUGCAGCAACAGCGACUGGACGAGAUCGAAAAGAUGCAGAAGACCAAGAUAGACAGACGCACGACACUGUACAAAGUACUGCUCGAAAAAUCUGCUAUAUUAGGCGAGUACUCGCGUAACGACAAGUUUAGAAAGAUCAUAGAUGCGGAAAAUUUUUCGGAUGAGUAUCCAUCCUAUGGCUUUAUGCUCAAGUUACAGGAUGAACGUGGUCAAAAGAUUGCUGAAGCCCAUGAUAAAAAGUGAUGGCCGAUAAAGAGACACAGAACGCUAAGCACAAACCAGCUAAGAAGACUAGGGCUAAACGUCGUAGGAUUUAGUAGACGUCAAGCACGGGUAUACUUUUAUUGCUUCAACAUUACUAUAUGCGUAUUUUUAUUGUUUGGUGUGAAUUCCAUUUUGUGCCUUUGUCUAAGCUCUUGACAGUUUUAUGUAUUUGCAAUUAAUUUCUUAUAGACGUGACUCGGCAAGGAAUUUCUAAUUGAAAUCGAUUUAAUAUUCAAUAGGUUUAAAGCUGUUUAGUAAUCUGGAAUUAUUACAGCCUCAAGUUUGAUUGAAUUUAUUCUAACCGAUUUACAAGUUAUUGAUAUUGGUUUGCUUAAUCAGCAGUAUUUUUUCUUUUAGCUUGGUUUUUAAUCGAAAGAAUAGAUGAUGAUAGAAAUGAUUAUAUUCACUUGCAUCUGAAGCAAGUUUAUUUUGUCAAAAAACUGUUCUAGUGAUAGCUCUGUGCCAAUGUUAGUAUGUUUUAAAUACGUUAACCACGAUAGUGCAAGUUUGCUUAUACUCUGUUAGAGUAGAUUAAAAAAAAUGUUCGCGUGAACAAAUCUUGUUUUUCAAAAUAACUGAGGGUGUAACUUGUGUAUUUGCAAGUUAGAUUGUUCAAUGAAAGAGUAUAUAAACUUAUUAAUGUUACUCCGAGUAAAACAAAACCGCAGGAGCUGGUCUAGGAAAUUUCAAGAACGAAAGCAGUUCUUGGGCGGGCUAUUAGCAGUCUCUCGCCGUAAAAUCUCGCGACGACGAUAAUAAAGGAGUAAAGCGAGAAAAAGUCGAGUGGCGAAAAAAAGGAAGAGAGAUAAAGGCCGCACGAACGAAAGUUAGAAAAAGAAAGUGCGCGCCGCCCGAACGAGAAUAAAAGUGCGCGGCGUUAUAUGACCAGCGGCGAUAUAAAAAGCGAAAAGAGAGAAUUACUGUUUUUGGUCGAACUCUUUUCAGGCGAUUUACGCGGCUUUUCGGACGGUUUGAAUACGCUUACGGCGCCGACUUUUUUUUCACGGUUGGUUGUAUAGGUACAGUGAAAGUUUCGUAUUCAGUGUCUUGAGAAUUUUCGAGUAAUAUACGUUUAUAUUUGUA